CAGUUUGUUGCGUUUCAGUCACGGGGUGGAGAAGUGAGGAACAAACUGUCAGAUCAUCACACUCAACACUUCUCUCUGAUCACUGUGCUGAGAUCGAUCAGAGCUGAUCAGAGCUGAUCGAUGGAUUAGAGGAGCAGCUGCUGCAGAGACAUGGAGGGUGUGUGUGUGUGGCAGGUGUGUGUGUGCAUCUUGGGUGUGUGUGUCGGGGCUCAGAGUUCAUUGGACAGAAGUGACCAGGCCCACCUGGACCAUCAUCAUCAUCAUCAUCAUCAUCUGGUCUCUAAUAGCAACACAGCCUCAGAUCUGUGUGCAAUAGACAAGCAGCUCUGUCAGGAUGAAAACUCGCUCCUGAGUUUUGAGGCGAUCUGCAGCAUCCACAAACAGAUGGACGACGACGCAGACGGCACGGUGGACACCAUGGAGACGGACGAGUUUCUCAGGGAGGAUCUGAAAUAUCAGGACCCCAAAGCUGCAAAGAGCAGCUUCCACCGAGCCGACCUGCAUAUCAGUGUGGAGGACAUGUGGAGCACCUGGAAGAGCUCUGAAGUGUAUAACUGGACGGUGGAGCAGGUGGUGGACUGGCUGGUCGUCAGCGUGGAGCUUCCUCAGUACACAGAGACCUUCAGGAAACACCAGCUGGAUGGAAAGGCCUUACCCAGGCUGGCGGUGAAGAACACCACCCUGACUGUGUCCCUGCUGAAGAUCUUGGACAGGAGUCAUGCUCAGAAACUGCAGCUCAAAGCUCUGGACAUUGUGCUCUUCGGACCUCCACCAGGCAGACACAGCCGGUGGAAGGAUCUGGUUCUGGGUCUGUCCAUCCUGAUGGCGUUGGGUGGCUGCUGGUUUGCCUACGUCCAGAACAGGAAGUCCAGAGACGACCUGGGGAAGCUGGUGAAGGAUUUGGAGGGUCUGCAGAGGGCUGAGCAGAGCCUGCUGGACCUGCAGGCGAAGCUGCAGAAGGCUCAGGAGGAGCAGCUCUGCGUUCAGGUGGAGAAGGUGAAGGUGGAGGAGGAGCUGAGGAGCGAGAUCAACUCGGCCAAACAGGAAGCUCAGCGGCUCCAAGAGCUCCGAGAAGGAACUGAGAACGAGAGGAGCCGACAGAAAUACGCUGAGGAGGAGCUGGAACAGGUCCGUAUGGCGCUGAAGAAGGCGGAGAGGGAGCUGGAGUCACGGGCUCACUGGGCUCCACCUGAGGCUCUGCAGAAGUGGCUGCAGCUGACGCACGAGGUGGAGGUUCAGUACUACAACAUCAAGAAGCAGAGCGCAGAGAGGCAGCUGCUGCAGGCCAGAGAGGGGGCAGAGAAGAUCAAGAAGAAGAGGAGCUCUCUGUUUGGAACGUUUCAUGUAGCUCACAGCUCCUCGCUGGACGACGUCGACCACAAGAUUCUCUCCGCCAAACAGGCCCUGGCCGAGGUGACGGCGGCGCUGCGGGAGAAGCUUCACCGCUGGCAGCAGAUCGAGUGUCUGACGGGUUUCUGCCUGGUCAAUAACCCCGGUCUGGGAGCGCUAGCUGCCGCCCUCAACCUGGACCCGUCUUUCCUCGGCCUGAGACCUCCCACCCCUCAGCACCUCCUCCUCUCCGAUGACCUCGACGACAUGGACGAGGACAUCCUGUCUCCAGGGACGCUGCAGUACGCAGCAUGGCAGAUGGACCGGCGAGUGAGCGACCUCUGGCCCCUGAGCAGCAUCGCAGACACCCAGUCACCAUGGAAACACUCCGCUCAGAGUCUGAUGCCCCUGCGGCCGAGGAUAGGAGACCCCGCUCUGACAUUCAGCUCUCAGAGGGACAUCAUGGACCGCUCAGACUCUGACUCCUCCCUCCCUCUUUCUCAUGGCGAAUCACGAAGCUUGUACGGCUCCAAGCCCUUCCUCCUUUCAUCCAGGCUCCACCCCGUGCAGGGCUCCGGGGUCAGUGGAGGAGCAGGAGGAGGAGUAGGAGGCCUGGAGAAGAGCUCCAGUCUGGGGGAGCUGAGGGGCAGCCCUGCUGGCAUCCUCGCCUCGUCCUGCUCCACCCGCUCCCUCUGCAUCACAUCUGACGCCGCCACCGACGUCCCAGCCAUCUUCUCAUCUUCCACCUCGUCCAGCUCUUCUAACAGCGGUCGGGGGACGGGCAUCCAGCUCCCGACCAGGCGGAGCCCAGUGGAGGAGGACGGAGGUGAGGAGAGCGAAUCGUCCGUCAGCCGCAGGAGAAACGCUUUUAAUAAGAUCUUUAAGAAGAAGCAGGGACGCCACUGAACGCCACUGCGUCUGAGCUCAGACAAAACUCACACACCUGCUUCUGUCCGCUAUUGACUCAUGACGAGACCUUCAUCUUCAUCACAGUGAGAUCCUCACCUUCAUCGUGAUGUAGGAACCAAACUGUCGCUCACAGGGAACAUGUUUUUUUUUUUUUUUUU